AUGAUCUUAGGAUUAGUUUGGGGUGAGGUUUGCAAGGACCCAGAUGGAAAAGCGGACAAAUCAGCGGAAUUUCCAGCAAAAGAAUACGAGUACGAUGUUAGACCGAAUUUGUUCAUAGGCAAGGAACAUCUACUGGGAAAAAGCAAAUCACACGGUGAUAAAACACCUUUCACCUAUUCCUCGGGACCAUACGGACCUUCCCGUUGGCCAAAAUUGUAUCCAAAGUGCGGAGGUAAACAGCAAUCACCAAUAAACAUCGACAUCAGUUCGUUGAAACGUAUAAAUUUAUCCAAGCUGAAAUGGAGUCCCCAAUUUGAAAAGAUCCCCGAAAAGCUAGCCGUUACGAAUAACGAACAUACAGUGACGGUAGAGGUGACUUUUCCGAAGAACGAGAAGGGAUUGUUGGAGGGUGGACCUUUGACGAAGCCCUACAAAUUCUCGUCUAUACAUUUCCAUUGGAGUUCGUCAGAUCAUCGAGGUUCUGAACACACGAUCGACAAGAAGUCGUUUCCAAUGGAGAUGCAUGUGAUAUUCUAUCGAUCGGAUCUGAACGCCACUGUCGCCAUGAAGACCGACAAAGGUUUAGUGAUCAUCGGAUAUAUUUUUGAGAUAGGGGACAAAUGCAACGAUGCUAUUGCCACUCUGAUGGAGGUCAGCGAGCAACUGAAGCUGGAGCCGGAUAACUCCAUAGAUCUACAGAACGUAUUUCGAUUGGAUUCUCUCUUCGACAUGAUAGAAAAGGAGUACGUGACCUAUAUUGGAUCGAUGACGACACCUCCGUGCUACGAGACGGUCAUCUGGAUCGUCAGCCCUUACACACUGACUCUCACCAAGAAGCAGAUGGAGAAAUUCAGGUCGAUCUCAGGGUCUUCGAAGGGCUUCGGUGAUAAUUACCGUGCUAUCCAAGCGCUCAACGGAAGGGCCGUGAACUUCGUCAACUAAUUUAAAUAGCAUAAUUCUG